AUGUUGGUCACGCGGUGCUAUGGACCAUUAUCAAUACAAUUGUCCAAAAAACUACUAGUGAAAGUACGUGAUGGUCGCAUUUCCUUUUCAAAAUCACAACCAUCACUUAUAACAAUUAGUACACUUGUCAAUGGACAAACCAAAAUAAUGGUUAAUAGUGUAGUCAAAUUAAAUGUCACCAUCAAUCAUAUUACCACCAUCAUUACAGCUCUUGUGGCCGAGUCAUUAGGUGCUAAUUUAAUUCUCGGCAUGGACUGGUGUAACUCAAAUUAUGUGAACGUGAAUAUUGGUAAAAAACAAGUAGAGAUCAAUCACCCACAGCAUGGAACUACAACAACACCAUUCCUUGAAGUUGGCUCGGUCGAGGUUAAACUCGCGGAAUGUAUCACACUAUUGCCAUAUCAUGAACACAUUGUCAAAACGCAUGUGCCUAUUUCUUCUGUUACUCUUGUCUCAUUUACAUCGGACUCGAAAAAGUGUACUAAAUUAAAUGUUCAGGUACCUGAUGCUCUUGUUGAAAUAAAAGAUUUUUCAUUUUAUAUGUGCGUUUAUAACUCUAACAAAUACGUCCAUAUAAUGGCUGCUAAUACGCAACUGGGAUCAAUACGUUAUCAGUCAAAUGAUGAAAUGAUGUACAACAUAUUAAAUUCACCAAAUCCAUCAAGCAUGACAGAACAAAGCGUACUUCUAAAUUCAAUACAAACAAAUGAACAACACGAAUCACCCAACACAUCAUCAUUGGACGAUGUUCUCCAAGAAUUAGUGGCACACAUUGAUAACAAACAUCACCGUAAUGAUUUUCUUAAUAUUCUUCGACAAAAUGGACGCGCGUUUGACACGUCAAAGAUGACCAGAGCAAAUACAAAAAUUCGUCAUACCAUUAAUACAGGCGAUCAUCUACUCAUAAGCGUUCGACCAUAUUACAAGACGGUUCAACAAAGAAAGGAAAUACAGCAGGAAGUGGAAAAAUUGCUCGAUCAAGGCAUCCUUCGACCAUCCCACUCACCGUGGUCAUCCCCAGUCUUGUUAAAGAAGAAGCCAGAUGGUACCUAUCGAUUUUUGGUUGACUUUCGCUGA